UUUCCACGCCCUCAGAAACUUCAAAAGAUGCCUUAUUUGAGUUCUCUGGAUAAAGGAAAAGGGUACUGCCCGGCCCAAUUCGAUCUCUAUUUCCGACACCACUAAAGUUGGAUUCUUUUCCUUCCCUUUUAUGCUUUAAUUUUGUGGAUUCAAAGUUGCACUACCAGGGAUCGCGCCAACCCGAUUCCCGAAAAUCGUGAAUUCGAAAUUUUUUGUGAAUUCACGAUUCCCGAAUUUCGGGAAUUUGAUUUUCUGUCGGCGCGUUCCCUGCACCGUAUCCUAUUAAAUAUAUUUCCUCAUACCAUUUUUCAAUUUUUUCAGAAGGCCUCCCUCAAGUUCACUAUUUUGGUCCCUGUGGAAAAUACAAUGCAUUAGUUAUGGAAUUAUUAAGUCAUUCAUUAGAAGACCUUUUUGAUUUGUGUGACAGAAAAUUUACUUUAAAAUGUGUUUGUAUGGUUGCGAUGCAAUUGAUAAGGCGGAUAGAAUAUGUCCAUUCCAAGCAUUUAAUUUAUCGAGACGUUAAACCAGAAAACUUUUUAAUUGGGCGAAGUUCGACUCGAAAACAACACAUUUUACAUAUUAUUGAUUUUGGCCUAGCUAAAGAAUAUAUUGACUGUGAUACUGGUAUUUGA